AAAUCUACACCGUGUGUGCGCCAAAUCUCUCUCUCUCUCUCUCUCUCUCUCUCGUUUUUUGUUGAUAAUUUCCAAAUCUCUCUCUUGUACACGUGUUUUUACUUCUUAAAAAAAAAAAGCAAACCAAAAAAGUUCUCUAUAUAUCAAUCUCCUCAGAGGAACCAAAUUCCUCAACUCAAAAACCUCCAAAAGAAUAUAUAAUCCCACCACCAUUAUCAGAAACCGAAAAAUUUCAAGUUUCUGCCACUGACCCAUCUCACCAAAACGAAAACCCAUUUCAGAAAAGAUGAGAAAAGCCAGAGGAUUCAAGCUUCGAGGCAAGCUCGUGAAGAUCUGCAAAUGGGUUAUAGCCAGACCCAGAAGAACAAGAAAAAGCUCAAACUUUUCCAACAGAAAAAGAAACCCCAUCACGAAAUUCCUCAACUUGGCUCGUUUUCUCCGACGAGGAGUCAAACAGCUCACGAUGUGUAAUAUUUCUUUUUCGUCUCCUAAGUCGGGUUACGUGCCGUUGGAUCAUGAGGACCCGGUGGAUCAGAAACCGGGUCGGGAUGGGAUUCCCAAGGGGCACCUGGCGGUUUACGUGGGGGAGUCGCAGGACGAGACGCAGAGGUAUUUGGUGCCUGUGAUAUAUUUUAAUCACCCGCUUUUUGGUGAGCUUCUGAAGGAGGCAGAGAAGGUUUACGGGUUCAACCAUCCGGGUCGGAUCACAAUACCAUGUGGUGCCUCGGAGUUUGAGAAGGUCCAGAUGAGGAUUGCCUCCGGGGAAGAAUACUGCCAACGGCGUCGUAUAAGUAAGCCGGCUGAUUACUAUUGGUCGCAAUGAGAGUAAUUUUCCAUAAUUCAUGAAAAUGAUUUUUCAGUUUUUUUUUUUUUUUUCAUUUUAAGAAAUACUCGUGUGUAGUGUAUCGCACUGAAUAUUAAUUUGGGGUUGAGAAUAUAUAUAUAUAUAUAUUUAUUUAUAUAUAGGGGUGACAUUGUAGAUAAAAAUCUAAAGACAAGGAUAGGCCAUGCUUUUGGCAAUAUACGAUGUAUGUCUUUUGUAAUUGUACAUGCUAAUUAUAGCAUUCUUUCCAAAAUCCCACUUUCAUAAUUGGUUUUGGAGACGAGCUGUUGUGUAACAUGUGUUACUGUUGAUGAAUCGGAAUACCAAGAAACAGAAAAUUUUUCUGUACUUGGACAAGUUCUAUUUAAGG